AUGAUACCCAAAAACCCUUCACUCCUCCUCCUCCUCAUCGGAGCCCUUUGGGCCUCCCUUUUCAUCACCAUCACCACCACUCCAGCCCUAGCUCAACCGCCGUUCCCUCCCUUCCCGCCGCCGCGGCCGGCCCCACCAAACCCUAGACUCCUCAACGCCUACAUAGCCCUCACCGCGUGGAAAAAAGCCAUCACCUCCGACCCCAAAAACUUCACCUCCAACUGGUACGGCCCAAAUGUUUGCAACUACACGGGCGUCUACUGCUCCCCGGCCCUCGACGACCCCAAAACCCUAACCGUCGCCGGAAUCGACCUCAACCACGCCGACAUCUCCGGCCACCUCCCCGACCACCUCGGCCUCCUCACCGACCUCGCCCUCUUCCACGUCAACUCCAACCGAUUCGCCGGAACCCUGCCCUACACGUUCCGCUACCUCAAGCUCCUCUUCGAGCUCGACGUCAGCAACAACCUCCUCGCCGGCGAGUUCCCCUCCGUCGUCCUCGACCUCCCUUCUCUCAAGUUCCUCGACAUUCGUUUCAACCGGUUCUAUGGAAACGUCCCGUCGAAGCUCUUCGACGUGCCGCUCGACGCGAUGUUUAUCAACGACAACAGGUUCGCGUCUUCGCUCCCGCCGAACUUCGGGAACUCGCCGGCGUCGGUGAUUGUCAUGGCGAACAACAACUUCGGCGGGUCGUGUAUCCCCGCGAGUUUGACCAAGAUGGGGUCCACGCUGACCCAGAUCGUUUUGUUAAAUAUGGGCCUGAAGGGGUGCUUGCAGCCCAAUUUGGGGGAGUUGGGCCUGGUGAAGGUUUUUGACGUCAGCUUUAAUGAGCUGGUGGGCCCGCUUCCGGAGUCGAUGACUAGGAUGAGGAAGUUGGAACAGCUGGAUGUGGGACACAACAGGCUGUCGGGGGAGAUACCGGCCGGGAUUUGCGCGCUGCCGCAGUUGGUGAAUUUUACGUACUCGUAUAAUUUCUUCGAGAAGGUGUCGCCGGUUUGUCUGAGGUUGCCGGCGAGGGAUGAUCGGCGGAAUUGUUUGCCGAACCGGCCGUUGCAGAGGUCGGCUGGGGAGUGUAAGGCGGUUAAUGCUUAUCCUGUUGUUUGUAGCUCUUUCGGAUGCGUGCCUCCCAGCCCCCCGCCGCCUCCACCUCCACCGCCGCCGCCGCCGCCUCCAUCUCCACCUCCGCCAUCGCCACCACCUCCAUCACCGCCACCACCAUCACCGCCUCCUCCACCGCCACCAUCGCCACCUCCACCAUCACCGCCUCCACCAUCGCCGCCACCUCCACCGCCGCCAUCACCACCUCCGCCUCCACCGCCAUCGCCGCCACCUCCACCGCCGCCAUCGCCACCUCCGCCUCCACCGCCAUCGCCGCCUCCACCAUCGCAUCACUACGAGUACCCUUGGCCUUGA